UUAUUUAAAGGUGGGUGUGGGGGUUUUAGCCUUUAGGGUGUUUUAGGGUAUAGUAGGAGUAGAUAGUAGUAGAGAGAGAGAGAGAGAGAGUUGGAUCUGUAAUUAUUCUCUAGUGGUGUUGGUGUAAGUGAUGGGCAGACAACCUUGCUGUGACAAGCUUGGGGUGAAGAAGGGGCCAUGGACGGCCGAGGAGGACAAGAAACUUAUUAACUUCAUCCUCACCAAUGGCCAGUGUUGUUGGCGUGCCGUCCCCAAGCUCGCCGGACUCCUCCGCUGUGGCAAGAGCUGCCGCCUUCGUUGGACCAACUACCUUCGACCCGACCUCAAGAGAGGCCUUCUUACUGAAGCUGAAGAACAACUGGUCAUCGACCUCCAUGCCCGACUUGGAAAUAGGUGGUCGAAGAUUGCAGCAAGGUUGCCUGGAAGAACUGAUAAUGAGAUUAAGAAUCACUGGAACACCCACAUCAAGAAAAAGCUUACCAAGAUGGGAAUUGAUCCAGUGACCCAUGAACCCCUUCAUAAACAUGCUGCUACUACUACUGCUACACAAGUAACUUCCUCUAUUACUUCUGCUGAUCGUCACCCGGACUCCAGUAAGAAAACGCUUAGACUGCCCUCCCCAGAAAACAAUGGACGUCUCACCACACCUGAUCAGGAGAAUUCGAGCUCAGCAGCGGAAAAUUGUUCCGGCGAUGAGUCUCGGUUGUCGGAUAACAACGGGGGCCAAGGCUCGUUAAUGAGUUGCCUGCUGUGGGGAGAUGACAAGCCUCUUGUGGAAGCCUCUUGGAAGUUUCCGACAACUUCUGCCGGAGAAACCUAUAACGACGUCGGCAGUUUGUCUUGGGAGGAGAAUUGUGCAUGGUUGUUGGACUACCAAGACUUCGGGGUGGAAGAGUUUGGUUUUGGUUGUUUCAACGACAUAGCCAUGGACAUGAGCACGCUAGAGAUGGGCGACAAGCCCUAAUACUCGGCUCUCGGCACGCAGUAAUAUUAGUUACAGUUGUUGCCUUCUCCGGCUGGCAAAAGAAAAAAGAAAAAAAAACGAUAUAAAUUAAAAACUGAACUAGAAUUUAGUGAAUCACCUUUAUGACCUUUUAGCCCAGAUUUUAAGUUAUGUAAUCUUUGUGAGUCGAACCUCCUGUCCUAAGAGGAGUAAGGGGUCCCUCACCCACCAAAAAUGAAACAGCAAAAAACGAAGAGAAAAGGUGACAAAAGUUGGUCCCUCAGCUCGAUCAAAUGCGUUGUGCUUUUAUUAUUUGAAAACAAAUAGACAUACACUAUAAAGUGUUCAGAUGGGUCU